CCAGGUGCGGCGUAACUCUCCCGGCCCCGCCGUCUACGCCGCCAUCAUGCUGACGGGCUCUGUAGAUGCCGUCGCCGAUGCCUACUCUGACCGGGAGAACCAGGAGAAUGUGCCUCCUGGGCCGAAGGGCCACCUUACGGGCACGCUUGGACAUCGGCCGGCCCUGGGGCUGCUGCAGCCGAAUCAGUGCUGCUUAGCCCAGCCGCAGGUUUCUCUCAGUCAAGUACGGUGGAGUACAAAUGAUGAAAACCAUGUUGCUAUUCCUGUGGGUAAAAUGGGAAAUAAACCUGCCUUUACCAUCCAUAUUGAUGAGCCUGAUAGCAGGAGACAGAGGAAAUCUGUAUCCAGCAAGACUUGGUCUACUGAAGAUGACCUAGGCUUGAAGACAGCUGUUGCUUCAUUGGGAACCAGGAAACCUCUGACACCUAUAGACAGCCUGAUGGAUCUUAGUUCUGGAUCUCCAAGUAUUACGGAUAUGUCAAUAGUCCAAGAUGUAGAACAGAGAAUUAAUGUUAACCACGUACCAGACUACAUUGAAGACAUCUAUAAGUAUCUUAGAGAAAUGGAGGUAAAAUGCAGACCCAAAGCAGGUUACAUGAAGAAGCAGCCAGACAUUACAAACAACAUGCGUGCUAUUCUUGUGGACUGGCUAGUGGAAGUUGGCGAAGAAUAUAAACUACAAAAUGAAACGUUGCACUUGGCUGUAAACUACAUUGACAGAUUUCUCUCUUCAAUGUCAGUACUAAGAGGGAAGCUUCAGCUUGUGGGAACUGCAGCCAUGCUGUUGGCAUCGAAGUUUGAAGAAAUCUACCCUCCUGAAGUAGCAGAAUUUGUUUAUAUCACAGAUGAUACAUAUACGAAGAAACAAGUCCUCAGGAUGGAGCACUUAGUUCUGAAAGUCCUAUCAUUUGACCUGGCAGCUCCCACAAUAAACCAGUUCCUUACUCAGUAUUACUUGUAUCAGCCAACUAGUUCCCAAGUGGAAAACCUAGCAAUGUACCUUGGAGAACUGAGUUUAAUUGAUGCUGAGACAUACCUGAAAUACUUGCCAUCAGUAAUUGCUGCUGCAGCAUUUCAUAUAGCAAACUAUACCAUUUCUGGAAAGCUGUGGAGUGACUCUCUUGCUGAAGUGACAGGAUAUACAAUUGAGUAUCUCAAGCCUUGUCUCAUGGACCUCCACAAGACAUACUACAGAGCAGCACAGCAUACACAACAGUCUAUACGGGAGAAAUACAAGGCUGUCAAAUACAAUGCAGUAUCCCUCAUUGACCCACCAGAGAGACUAAACUUAUAACAAUCAAACUAAGAAUUGACAUCUCAAAGGUGUAUAUGGCCCAGAACAGCAAAUGUACAGUUUUAAUUUUUUUAGACUUGAAUCAUUCUGGUAUAUUACCAUAGGAAAUUAUGAGGUUUUCUACUUUUGUAAUGUUUUAAUGUAAACUUUUGUACAUGCAAUCUUGUUCUAAGUACUUAGGUAGAGCUCCUUUAAAGUUCUAUUGAAACUGACACAAACCAUGCAGGCAAACCACUCAAGUAUCACUGUUUUAAACAAGAAGAGCAGUCUAAAUGGGGAUUCUGACUCUAAAUGGCAAAUCAAGAUAGUUCAGUGGAGUCGUGUCUCUAUGUGUGAGAUACUAAAAUUUAGUCCUGCAGGCUCCAUGUAUAAUUAAGUUGCAACAAUAUAUUUGGGAAAAGUCACCUGGUGCUUAAUAACAUUAGGGAAGCUACUGUGACACUUCCUGCUAUGAACUGAGAACAUUCAGUGGCUACUAGAAGUCUGUGCCAGUUUUGAGAGUAGUGCCUCUUAGUAUAUGCUGCUAAAAGUAGCUUAUAAAACACUGUUUAUAUGCAUAAAUACAGCUUUUGCUCUUAACCUCAUAAAAAUUGUGUCAGGAAAAUGGGGAGAAAUAGCCUUCUGGUAACAGGAAAGCUACAGGAACCUCACCUUGAACUUAGUGAGACAUGAAAAAUCUAUUUGUUACUAAACAAGCCAAGUUCCUGACCUACAGAUGAAAAGGCCUACAUCUACAAUGCUACAGUUCUUGACUAGUGCACGAGGCCAACUUCAGCAAAGCUACAACUCUAGCAAUCUAUGUUCUGCAUCCCAGCUGCAGGUGGUCAAGGACGUAGGAAUGGGUAACUAUUCAAACCUCCUUUUAGUGUAAUCUAGGAGUACUGAGUCAGGGUGGAAGUUGUGGGUGUCUUGUAGAAAUAAAAGCCUAUUUCACACGGUUGUCUACAUUGAAAGAGUGGCUAAUUUUUAGAUCGCUAUUUAAGUAGGAUUGGAUUCUUGUAAACAAGACUAACGCUGCUUGACAUGAUGUACUUACAUUAAACCAAUGCAUAGAAAGACCUACAUGUAAACCACCUCAAAGCUGGUCAAUAAAAUCCUCUCAAA